AUGCCUAAUAUUAUAAAUGAUGUCAAACUAGAUUUUAAAGAUGUUUUAUUACGUCCAAAGAGAAGUACAUUAAAAAGUAGAUCUGAUGUUGAUUUGUAUAGAGAAAUUACAUUUCGUAAUUCGAAACAAACUUAUAGAGGAAUACCUGUAAUGGCUUCGAACAUGGAUACUGUAGGAACAUUUGAAAUGUCAAGAGCCUUAUCAAAGCAUGGACUGUUUACUACUGUUCAUAAAUAUUAUACACCAGAAGAAUGGAAAAAUUUUGCUAAUGAAAAUCCUGAAUGCCUUAAAAAUGUAGCUGCCAGCUCUGGUACUGGAAACGAGGAUUACGAGCGAUUGACAAGCAUUUUAGCAGCCGUACCUGAACUGUCUUUCAUUUGUUUAGAUGUUGCUAAUGGGUAUUCGCAAAACUUUGUUGAAUAUGUUAGAAAAGUGAGAUUUGAGUACCCUAAUCAUACAAUAAUUGCAGGGAAUGUAGUAACUGGAGAAAUGGUAGAAGAGCUGAUACUCUCUGGAGCUGAUGUAAUAAAAGUUGGAAUUGGUCCUGGAUCUGUAUGCACAACACGAAUGAAAACUGGCGUGGGAUAUCCACAAUUAAGUGCUGUAAUCGAAUGCGCAGAUGCGGCUCAUGGUUUAAAGGGGCAUAUAAUUUCAGAUGGAGGUUGCACUUGUCCUGGGGAUUUGGCAAAGGCUUUUGGAGCAGGAGCAGAUUUUGUAAUGGCAGGUGGUAUGUUUGCUGGACACGAUGAAUGUGGAGGAGAAAUUAUAGAAAAAAAUGGGAAAAAAUUUAAAUUAUUCUAUGGUAUGGCCUCAAACACCGCAAUGAAAAAGCAUGCUGGAGGUGUUGCCGAAUACAGGUCUUCAGAAGGAAAAACUGUGCAAGUUCCUUAUAAAGGUGUAGUAGAAAAUACUAUUCUAGAUAUGCUAGGUGGUUUACGUUCUGCAUGCACAUAUACAGGUGCAGAACGAUUACGGGAAUUACCUCGCCGUGCUACAUUUAUACGCUGUACGCAACAGCUAAAUCCUAUGUAUGGUCCACCACCAGAAGUCUGAAAUCUCCCUAACAAUUUAAUUUAUUGUAGUACAGAUUUAGGGAAAAUGGUUUACUUACUGGGUGAAUUAAUAUGUAUGUAUUAUUUGCUGGCAAAUAAUAUUUAU